AUGGAGAGGGGAAAAUAUGCUCAGUUAUGUGUUGAAGUGGAUCUAACGAAACCGCUAUUAGCCAUGUUUAACAUUGAGGAUAGGAUGUUCAAGUUAGAAUAUGAAGGGAUGCAUAUGUUGUGUCUUACGUGUGGUCGAUUUGGUCAUUUUAAAGAUGGUUGUCUCGACAAAAACACACUGACUAAGGAGGUGGGUGUGGAUGCCAGGACUGAGCUGCAAAAUGGUCAAGUACGAGUAACAGGUGGAGACGAUGAUGGACCUUGGAGUGGGGUGCAUAAACAUCGUAGGGGAAAGAAGGUUGGCCUGGGUAAGCAUGUGCAAGGAUUAGUGAAAAUUAAGCAAGGGCAUCAUCUGGCAGGCACUUCUACAGGGCCACAACUUAAAGGUUCUAGGCUUGCUAGUUUGAGUGAGGAUAUGGUGACUGUUCUAGAGCAAAUUUUGGGUGACCAGUUAUUACCAACCAAUGAAGGCAAUGUCGUAGCAGAGGAAGAUCUAGAUACAAUGACUCGUAUGGAGACUAAUGGUGAAAGGAGCAAGAAAAGUGGGAAUAAGAGUCCAAAACCGGUGAAAAUUUCCAAGGGAGGGAAGGAACCAAUAAUGCAUUUGAAUGAGCUAUUUACAGAGCAUGCAAAUAAGGGAUGCGAAGAUGGCAAGGGAAAAACCAUGAGUGAAAGAAGGAAACUGGAUCUAAGUGGUAAUAAGAGAAACAUUUCAUCAUUGGCUACACGUGGCAACACGAGUUUCAAAAUUAAGAAUCAUGGUGCGGAUAAAACAAUAACUUCCUUCCACAAGAGUGUUGUUGUAAGGGACGGAGGAAGUAGCAGCACAAGUAUCCCUCCUGAUAAGGAGCAAGAGUUACUGGAGGGGAGCAAGGAUACAAAUACAAGCUUACAGGGAGCCGCUAGUAAUGUCUUUUAUAGGUACUGUAAUCAAUAUAUCAGGAUGUAUAAACCCAAGGUGGCAGAUAUAAUGGAAAUUAGAUGUGAUCCUAAAAAGCUUGAGUCUCCUCUCAAAAGCAUGGGAUUUGAUAAAAAUUUGGCUGUUAACAAUAAUGGUUAUGCGGGGGGACUAGUGAUAGCUUGGCAGAGUUGUUCCUUCAACAUUGAAGAGAUAAUCAAAAGUCCUCAAUUACUACAUGUGGUUAUUAAGAAGGCCAAUAUGAAUGAGUGGUACUUCACCGCAGUUUAUGCUAGUCCUAGUGAUGAUAGAAGGAAAGUGAAUGGUGGCAGAAUCCAAAAAGAAAGGUCUUAG